GCGGCCGCCGCGCCGCCAUGUCCUACAACAAGAUCCCGCCGCGCUGGCUCCACUGCCCGCGGCGGGGGCAGCCCGUGGCAGGAAAGUUUUUACCUUUGAAGACAAUGUUAGGACCAAGAUAUGAUGAACAGGUUGCUGAAGAAAACCGUUUUCACCCAAGUAUGUUGUCCAACUACUUAAAGAGUCUGAAGGUUAAAAUGGGUUUACUGGUGGACUUGACCAACACCACUAGAUUCUAUGAUAGGAAUGAUAUAGAGAAAGAGGGGAUUAAGUAUAUAAAGCUUCAAUGUAAAGGGCAUGGUGAGUGCCCUACACCUGAGAAUACAGAAACAUUUAUUCGCGUAUGUGAACACUUUAGUGAUAAGAAUCCCUCAGAGCUUAUAGGUGUCCAUUGCACACAUGGUUUCAAUAGAACUGGAUUUCUGAUCUGUGCCUUUUUGGUGGAGAAGUUGGACUGGAGUGUUGAGGCAGCUGUGGCUACUUUUGCUCAGGCUAGACCACCAGGUAUUUAUAAAGGUGACUAUUUGAAGGAAUUAUUUCGUCGUUAUGGAGAUGAAGAUGAUGCACCAUCACCACCUGAGUUACCGGAGUGGUGCUUUGAUGAAGAUGAAGAGGAAGAUGAUGAUAAUGGUAAAACAGGAAGCCAAGAAUCAGAACCUGGGUCAUCAAGCUCUUCCUAUGGCAAAAGGAGAAAAGAACGCCUAAAACUGGGUGCAAUUUUCUUGGAAGGAGUAACAGUUAAAUGUGUGACCCAGGUGACAAUGCAACCAAAGUUAGGAGGGAUACAGCAAAAAUGUCAGCAGUUCUGUGGAUGGGAAGGGUCUGGAUUCCCUGGAGCACAGCCUGUUUCCAUGGACAAGCAAAAUAUUAAAUUUUUAGAGCAGAAGCCAUAUAAAGUUAGCUGGAAAGCAGAUGGGACUCGGUACAUGAUGCUGAUUGAUGGCAAAAAUGAAGUUUAUAUGAUUGAUAGAGAUAAUUCAAUUUUUCAUGUAUCUAAUCUGGAAUUUCCAUUUCGUAAAGAUCUUCGCAGCCAUCUAACAAAUACUCUUCUGGAUGGGGAAAUGAUCAUCGACAAGGUUAAUGGACAGGUUGUCCCUCGAUACUUGAUAUAUGACAUUAUUAAAUUUAAUGGACAGCCAGUUGGAGAUUGUGAUUUUAAUGUUCGACUCGCAUGUAUAGAAAAAGAGAUUAUCUUUCCACGACAUGAAAAGAUGAAGACUGGUCUUAUUGACAAAACACAAGAGCCAUUCAGUGUUCGAAACAAACCCUUUUUUGACAUCUACACUGCAAGAAAGCUUCUUGAAGGAAAUUUUGCUAGAGAAGUUAGCCAUGAAGUGGAUGGACUGAUCUUUCAGCCUACAGGAAAAUACAAGCCUGGCCGAUGUGAUGAUAUCUUGAAAUGGAAGCCACCCAGUUUGAACUCUGUUGAUUUUCGUCUAAAGAUAACCAGAAUUGGUGGAGAAGGGCUGCUCACCCAGAAUGUUGGUCUUCUUUAUGUUGGAAACUUUGACAGACCUUUUGCACAAAUUAAGGUGACAAAAGAACUGAAACAGUAUGACAAUAAAAUCAUAGAGUGCAAGUUUGAAAACAACAGUUGGGUCUUCAUGAGACAGAGAAUAGACAAGAGCUUUCCAAAUGCAUACAGCACUGCUAUGGCUGUAUGUAACAGUAUCCAAAACCCAGUCACGAAAGAGAUGCUCUUUGAGUUCAUCGAUAGGUGCACGGCAGCUUCGCAGGGACAGACGCGCAAGCACCACCUCGACCCCGACACUGAACUCAUGCCGCCCCCGCCGCCCAAGAGGCCGCGUACCAUAACGUAAGGCUCGGUCGAUGGCAUGCCUGCAGCUGUGCAGAAGGUGAAACGCGAGCGUGAGGACUGGCAAAAAGGAAAAAAAAAAUCUGAAUUGCUGUAAAUACUUCGGUGGUUUUUUUUUGUUUUGUUUUGUUUUUUGUUUUUUUUUCAAAUUCCACAUCAUGAAUGGACAUUCUUUUGCAACUGAAAAAUUCAGCCGCACGUUGUGGUAUCUGAAGAUGAAAUUUCCAAAGGUUUAGACGAGAACAGUACACGGAAUCAAUGGAAAGCUGCCUUGUUUAUAUACAGAUAUCUUUUCACCUUUAAUUUAUAAUUUCAGUGAUUGGGAACUGAGAAAACAUUGGAGUGCUGUACUUUUUAGAAGCUGUGUUAAAAAAAAAGUUUUUUUAUUAUUGUUAUUCAACUGGUUGGGAUUUGUCAUCCAUAGCAUAAUUUAUCAUAGUUUCCCUGUAUUUCUGAGACUUGUGUUUAUCAGCAAACAGCAAUGUUGUUUGUGCACUGUGUUACUUAAAAACAAGGCCUUCUUAGAUUUCACUAAUUUUAAAAUUAGUUGAGUUUUUGUUGUUGAAAUACUAAAAAAGUGAAUUCUUCGUGUAAAUAGCACCCAUCCUUUUGAAAGGAAAUGUGCUAGGUGUGUGUCUGUUUUUCUCCCCCUGUUGAGCCUAACACACCAAAUGUAUUGUGGGCUGAUUUUAGCUUUGCCUUUUAAGUUUUUCUGUAGGUAAGGAAUACCCACCAAAUCCUUAGUACUGAGGUCUCUUGUUAUGAGACAAUUUCUAGUAUAGGGCUUACUUCUCCACAGUGAUACCAUUGUAAAUAUUAUUAAAAAGUACAUUUCACUGUGAUAUGCAAGAGUAAUAAACAAUACAAUAGGGAUGUCUCAGAUCCAGGCACAAAAUGUUGAAAGAAAUGCCAGACGACUCCUGUGCAAAGGAGAAGAUAAUUUUAUUGGAAAAGAGCCAUAUCACAAGGAAAGUCUCCUGUUUUAGAUAACUGCAGGACAAAGAUAAAUCAUUUCUGGAGGUGAGGUAGCAUCCAGGGGAACAUGACUCUCAUUUUCAGAGGUGGAGUAGGCUGUCCUGUGAUAGCAUCCUAAUUCGCUAGCUGACUUUCUCUCAUACCAAAUGAAGACGCAGAUACCCUGAUGGCUCUUGCUGCAGUGCGCUGACAGUUGUUUGUAACAUCAAUUUUGAGAGGCUGCACACUGGUUGUCUAAUGGAGGAGUUGCUCUGAACUGGGAUUAAUCAGAAGCCAAACUAACGUAGAUUUUAAAGUUUGCUGUACAUCUCACAAGCAGGGAUCUGUGUGGCUGUUUAUAUAGCCUACCUGAUGUGUAAGUACAAGUCAUCCACCCAUCUAGGAGUCUGAUUAGUGAACAUCAAUAAUUUGGAAUAAUAACUAAAAUAUAUUUCUACUUAAAUGAAUUUUAAUGUUUGUAAAGAAAAUUAAUUCCUGCAGUAUUUUUUUUUCCUAUGGGAACUAGACUAUGCUUUGUAGUGGCUUCUCCAGUUGUUUCAACCUGUUGUAUAAAUACACAUGGUAUCAUUUAGAUGGCGUUUCUAGUGUUUUUUUCUGGGAUAUUCUGUAUGUUUUAGAGAACUGAAGAAGUUAAAUAAGUUACUUUUUAUACUGUAGUAAAAGAAGUGAGGGGAAAAAAUGUGUUCAGCAAACUGUACAUACUUUCUGCAUAUUAUCUCUGGAAAAGAUGUAAUAUCACCUAUGCAAGGUUGCAAAAUAUCUCCUAAAAAAGAGCCUUAUGAAUUUGAUGUGAAAACCUAUGCAGCCUCUGUGCAUCUUGCGUUGAAACACACAGUUAUUUCUUCACUUAGUAUAAGUAUUUUCCCCUAGAUUAUACUCUUGUCAUUGACAUUGUCUUAGCAUUUUUUGUCAUGAUCUUCAUGAUCUAUGGUAAUUGCAAUGUCUAUGAUGAUUACAACGUUUUUAGUGAAUUAGGACAUUUCAUUGUUCUAAGGCUGUAGCCAGAUCAUUUCCUUUUGUCUCUUUCUGAGUGAGCCCUUGCAUCUUGUAUCUCAGCAAGACUUAGUUUCUGGUUUACCUUUUGCUUUAGAGCAGCAGCACUACAGGCUGUCUUCCACAUGUAUUCCUCUACCAAGUUCAUGAACGCAUUGUGGCCCUUCUUGUUUUUUGACAAGGUCUUUUUCCUAUGUUCAGCUUGAAAUGAGUAUUUUGAAAGAGUAAUGACACUGGGAACUGGUUUAGAGCUCCAUGUUCGCAUUUGACUGUAGAACUCUUCUUGCACUACAGCCUGCUAGCUUUUUAGCGAUGUCAGUCACCUGUGCUUUCUGGAAAAGGAAGCUACUGGAGAAGGGUAGAAUGAAGAAUCUGAUGAAAACAAAUGGAGUUUCACCAUGCUGUGAGAAAUUUAAACUCCCUUCUUCUGCUACUAGAUACUCGGAGAUUGAAGCUAAGAAGCAAAGAAGAGUCUGUGCCAGGAAAAUAAGGAUAAUAAUAAUAAUAAAAAAACCCUCUAACUUGUCUACUCUUUUGUGUACAGCAUGAAUCCAUCCACUGUUUUGUCAUUUGUUAAGUACAUAUUUAAAAUCUGGUUUCACUGGAGUUUCCAGAAAAUGUAAGUACAUUCCUCUACAAACUGUGUAUUAAGUAUUUUAAUAAAGUCAGUGGUUUAAAAUA